AUAAUGGAAGAGACCACAAGCCGUCGUUGUGUGGCCUUCCCAGAUUUUGCUGCGUGCUGGAGUUCCAAUUUUACAUAAUGUCUAUUUGGUACAGGCGGUUUACUAUUUGAACCGAAGUUUUCAGUCUAAAAUUUGAACACGUUUGAAUCGUGACGGGAAGUUACACUACGAUGUAGAGAAUUCGUGGAGCUGCCCAUCCGGAGGUUUCACACGAGCUCGCGCAAAAGGUUCGCCGUUCGCUCCUAUCCUCAGAUGCCGUCUCUUAUUUACCACAGCAUAUUGCUGUGCAUAGGUAGGCCCGGAUAUACAACCACAGGUGUGUAACCGUUUAAGAGUCGUCGGUGGAGAGAGCAGAAAGAGAAAGAGUGGGAACCGUGCGGUGUGGAAUAUACCGUUGUGUUGUUACUUCAAACCGACUGAUUUAGUAUGGUCAUGCCACUUCAAUCAAAUCGUUGUGUUAAGUGAAAGCUCUCUCGUAAGCGCUAAACUGAAAACCCAUCUUUCACCCCGGGGGUGGCGGAACGUUGCAGUGUGAAUGUCCUUCGGUAUUUGGUGUGUCCAGUAUGAUCGAUUGCUGCAACACUCGAUCGAUUGUUCCGUCCUGUUAUUUGGAAGUCCUCGGUGCGUUGGUCGUCGGCGCCCGUGUUGGCUAAAUUGAUAUUAUAACGGUAACACAAUAGGGUUGGCUUGUUGGCAGAGAGCUGCAGAGAAACAAAAACAUCGAGAAAUCUGAUCGUACGGUGCAAUCUCAACGUGGUCUAUUGAAUCUGGACGAGUUUUGAAACUGCUGUGAUGUUGUUAUUGCUGUUGGCUACUUUGCGUUAGGCAGAAAGCUGUUGCGUUAUAGAAUUUAAGCUAUUUUAUAUAGGUUAGACAAUUGUUCAUGAACUUCUGUUACCCACAGUAUUACAAUCUGUUGCUUGUUGAAGUGAUACAAACCAUGACGAAUUAGUUCAACAUGACCUGAAAUUUACAAAGUACACAAGACAACAUUGCCAACCUCGAUAGUAGAUCUAUCUACGAACAGCAUUCCAAUUAAACAGGCAGCUCAAGCGAAUGUAACAAUAGAUUAGGAAAAAAGCAACAGCCGAAUAUAUUCAUCUUUAUAUUGCAAGACCCGUAUUGGUUGAUUUUAUAACGAUAAAAAAAAUGUUAAAAAUAUUGUACAGUACAGAGAUAUUCUAGCAUCAGAACCAACAAGAAUCUUCAAGCUUCUCCUGAUUUGCAUUUCACUUACUUAAGGCAGCCGUUUCAAAAGUAUAGUACGAGUUAGUUGCAAUUGAAUUUCGCAGUCCAUUACAACACGCUUUUCUGCAAGGGCAGGUGCAUUUCGCUACCAUUUUAUCUUUAUUACCAAAUGUCCAUCAGCAAAUAGACUUAAGAUAAAACUACACGGAUUAUUGUGGAGGCUCGAUUGCGAUAGGUGGAUUCUGAUUCGCUAUCGAAAAAGAAUGGUACUAGCGAUUGUACUAAGGAUGACGGUGCUUUGCGCUGUGGUAUUGCUUAGCAUUGUGUGGAGCCUGGAGGCGACGUUAACGCAGGAAAGCGUCCUUGGCCCAUUCAGGCCGUUGAACAAAAUGCUGCGACCGGUCGUUUCGGCUGCACAAAUACGCGACGAGCUCGAGCUGGCCCGGGAGCGCGAGCAAAUUCUGGCGGUGAAAACAUCCAUCGCCGAUUGGCGCGAAAGUUUGCGCAAGCACGGUCGCACGCAGCCCGACGGGGACCAGCAGGAGAAGUUGAGUGACCAGUUGAGGACCCAUCGGCGAAGAAAAAAGCGCGCCGAGCACAACGAUAUCUACGGCAAGGAUCCCGCACCGGCGGUGUCCGGGAAAAGUGAGGGUAAAAAUGGCACGGCACCACACGAACCCGGGACUGAUCCGGAUGAUGUGGACGAUGUGGAGGCGUCGGUCGUCUGCUACGGCCCGCUGGGUUGCUUCCACGAGACGGACCAUCUGCCAGAAAUGCUACCGUCCUCGCCGGCGGAAGUGAAUACCCGCUUUUUGGUAUACACCACGACGCACAGGAGUGAAAAACCGCUGAUAGAAUUUUCCUACGAGGAGUUAGUGGUCGCCGGCUUUGGAGCAGCGUACUGGAGCAACGGAACCAACGACACCGUGUCCAUUCCCAUGUCGGGUGGCAUGUCCUCGUCGCUGCUGAAAACGUUUGGCGACCUUAGCGAUCGUACGGUACGCGUUAUCGUCCACGGUUUCGGCGCAAACUGCGGGUUGGUGUGGAUCUACGAAAUGAGAACUGCCCUAAUGGCCGUGGAAAACUGCACCGUUAUCUGUGUCGACUGGGAAAACGGGGCGAAGCUGCCCAAUUACGUGCGCGCCGCCGCCAACACGCGCCUGGUCGGGCGUCAAUUAGCGCUCUUGUUGCGACUGCUACGCACGCACAACGACCUGCGGCUGUCGCGCGUCCACCUGAUCGGCUUUAGCCUGGGUUCGCACGUGGCUGGGUUUGCAGGGGCCGAGUUUUCCACCGGUGCUACCGUACGACCGGAAGAUCAUGAAGCAGCGAACGACGACGACGUCGACGAUGACGGUGUGAACGACUCGCAACCCAACCAGGCACCAGUGAAAUCCGCUGGUUUGUGGCGCAUCACCGGCCUCGAUCCAGCCGGUCCACUGUUCGAGGCACAGCCGCCCGAGGUUCGCCUGGAUGCCAGUGACGCUCGGUAUGUGGACGUGAUUCAUUCGAACGGCGAAAACCUUAUCCUCGGCGGGCUCGGCUCCUGGCAGCCGAUGGGUACCGUCGACUACUAUCCCAAUGGAGGCCGCGUCCAGCACGGGUGCACCAACCUGUUCGUCGGUGCCGUAACCGAUAUUAUCUGGGCACCACCGACAACAGUCGAAGGACGCUCGCUCUGCAACCACCGGCGGGCGUACAAAUUCUUUAUAGACUCGGUCGCCCCGCGCUGUCACUUCCCGGCGUUCCCGUGCGAAAGCUACGACAAAUUCGCGACUGGAGAGUGCUUCGAGUGCGGACCCGGAGGGCGCCGCAAUGGGACGAGUGCGUCCGCCUGCGGCCAUAUGGGCUAUUACGCCACCAGCCGGGAGGUGGGUGGAUACGGGCAGCUGUACCUGCGCACGCGCGAUGAGGAACCGUACUGUGCGAACCAGUUCCGGUUGCGGUUGCGUAACGCGCCGGACGAGUUGCCGCUGCGCACCGUCGGCCGGUUUGAGCUGACGCUCGAGGGGGGCGACACGGGCAACGGGAUUGGCGACGGCGUGGCCUCGGGAGACGAGCGAUCGAGUGCUGCGUUGAUCACCUUCAACGAAACGUUCCACUUGGACGAGGCACGCGAAGAUCGGGAGUUUCAUGCGGGCCAGUGGCUGACGACGAUCCUGGUGCCACAUCCGGCGCUUGGGCAUCGACCGCGUGCCCUCACCAUCACCUACCGGCCGUACCGGGGUGGCUGGUGGCAACGCUCGAGCGUUGGCAAGCAGCUGUGGCGCAUUGGGCCGAUUCUGCUGACGGCGGACGACCAGAAGACGUACGGCUCCUGUGAUACGCUCACGCUCCAGGCGGACGUUCCGAUACGCAUCGAGCUGGCCCAAGUUCAGUUAACCCCCAAGGACGCUCGUGACAAACGAGGCGCCGACGGGGCUGAUGACGACGACGACGACGAUGAGGUGGGCGACUGUAGGAGAAUCGAGCCGGAAGCGAGGAGACCUCCGAUACCAGUGGGCAAGAAGGUGGAACCGCAGGAGAUAUCGGAGGGCAGUGUUGUUAGCGGCAGUGGCAAAAGCUCCAUCGAUGAGUUGGUUCAACCGGGGCGCCAUGAUCACUUCUCCUGGACGCCGGUUGCUAUCAGCAUUCCACGGCAACCGCACGCUGACCGUUCGCACCUACAGCAGCAGCAGCAACCGCACAUAAACGAAAAGCGCUCCUUCUCAGAAUCUUCCCUACGCCCAGAGGAUCAAUUGGCCGCCCAGUCUCCACUGAUGAAUGGCCAGCUGUCGCAGGCACGUGACGCUGCAGUGAAUCUGCCGCUCGAUGGCACAGCUCCGGCAACGACGGGCCCGGCCGGCGGAGGUACACAAACCGUGCAGCUGUUUCCCUCCAGGUUGGUUUCAUUUUUCGAGCGCGCCGAACGGUACGCACGCCGCACUUGGGACGCUCUUUUCAACAGCAACGUCACCGUCACUCCGUUCUCCGACUCGUCCACGCUGACCAGCGAGCUCGUAGAUGGACCCACGAGCACCACCACUACCACCACCGCCACCUCCGUCACGAGUACCACAACAACGUCCGUCCUGGAACUCCUUUCUCCUGUGGCGGUAGCACGUAAAAGCACCGGAAGCUUGGCUGCUUUGACGAGCGAAGCAGGUACGUCACCGAGCACCGAGCCGCCACCGAGCAGCAGCACCGAGAUCCGGAUUGCGCUACCAACGUUUCGACCGCUCGUGCGCUCGGCAGAAAGUUUGGUGGGCAGCGGCCGCCAGCACUACACUCGUUUCAUUCCACUGGUGUACGAGGACGACCAGCAAAACCCGAUGGUGGCCACCCGGCCGCAACCCGCGGCGAGGAUGCACAAAGGGGCCCUGGCCGAAGCGUCCUGAUGUGAUAGCAUUUUUUGCACGUUUUUAAGACUCUUCAUCUUCCGUCCAUUCAACAAACAACCAUUCCAUUCCACUGCCGUAGGAUACUUGUGAGAUAUAUAUAAAUAUAAAUUUUGUUUUUUCUAUACACAGAACCAUAUACAAAUACAUAUUGUAAGUGUUUUCGUUCCAAGCUUCUGAAACGUUUUCAAGAAGGAAAAAGUAUAGGAACUCGUUAUUUUCCCGACAGAAGGAAAUGUGCGCGCUCGUUUUGCAAUUUUAGUAAUAGUGCAUAAUACUAUUUUUUAGCGGUAAUGUCAGUGAAAUGAAAACUAAUCCGAUGCUAUACUUAUUUACAUAUACCUGUUAUACAAAUACAAAAAUACUCACCAACUAU